ACACUCGCCCAGCUGCGGGAGCUGCCGGUACAAGGGAGCGGGCGGGCUGGAGGGCAGGGAGAAAGCGCCCGCUGUGCCCACCACUGCACACUCUGGACGCUGCUGGCGCGGGACAGAAGCAGGCUCCGAGGACUGGGGAGAGCGAUGCUGCAAUCUGUAAUCUGCAUAAUCUGAAGAAAUCUCACUGAAGCGUCAAUGAAAUAUGUGAACAAUUCCAGGGAUCCUGCAGAGUGGUUUGUUCAUGACAAGGAUAAUCCAUUGUCAAGAGUAUUCCAGCAAUCAAAGAUAGAAGUAACAAAGACAUGGAUAAAAUUGGACUUUCACAACGUAUCAGAAAAGUGGAGGCUCUAAUAGAACAUCAUCGUUUUGAGUAUGAUAGACAAGACAGAGCCGCAACUAUCAUUCAGAGAGCUUGGAGAAGUUGGCUGGAUAUUGGUGUCUAUAGCUACUAUAAAGAACUAAUAGGCUUUAAACGAUGUGGGGAACCUUGUCUUCUGAUGAGAUACAUUGAACCUAUAGAGGCAGAAUACUUAGAUGGUGCAGCUGGGAUUCAUAUCAAAUUCAGACUAGGUGGACUAAAGUUCCCUCCAAGCAUAUAUUACAAAAUAUUUACCCACAGACCGAUUGUGGAUCUAUGUGCUAGCAGCCCUAAAGACUAUGCAAAGCUUGCAGCCAAAAAAGGGCAACCCCAGAAAGAGGACUGCAGUGGGUGGUACAAACGCAUAGAGAACAAUGGCUGGAGACUUCUUUCCACUCGGAUUUGGAAGUUUGCCGACCCUUUGACUACAGUGGACAAUGUAAGAGUAAAGGAAAUCCAACACUGCAGGUUACAGAAAAAGCAAGACAUGGAAAGAAAAAGGAAAAGGAGAAAAAUAGAAUGGUUGAAAAAAAUGUACUUUGGAGAAAGCCUGCAAGCAAAAACUCUGGACCCAUCUGCAACAGUCUUAAUUCAAAGAGUUACACAAGGGCUUUUCAACACUUUGGGAGAUGAAGGAAUAGAUAAUGUCAUGGAAUGGGAAGUGGAUGAAGUGUUAAAAUGGACAACUGCACUUAACUAUGAAGAAUACAUUCAGCAAUGGAAAGAAAUUGGAACAAGCAGUGUUUCAGAAGGCUACCAAGGUUUCCAGUUUACUGAACGACUUUACGACAGUCCUGAAUUAGCUCACCUACCACAGACUAUUAAAAAAAUAGCACUUUCUCAAGGUAGGAGAAUGAAUCUCAUCCCAAAACAGCCAGUACCAACGAACACCCCAUUUAACUGAAAGGAGGUUUCAGUGAGGAAAAAAACAACCUGACAACUUUACAAGCAUCAGCUACAGUACAACUACAGUAUAAAGCUUCAGGAGACCAAACUAAACAAGAUGAAUUUAGAAAGAUAAUGUUAGUAUCUGAUUGUGCAAGCCUGGUUUAUUCAGGCACAUUAACAUACAAUCCAAAUGCAUUUGAAAUCAAAUCUAGUUUUACAGUGGUAUAAUGUUAAGCUACCUUGGGUAAAUGAUAUAUAUUUAUAUUUAGAAUGGCAAUUUAUACAUUAUAAUAAAAACAGCAUUCCACAA